CAAGUCUUUUGGUAUUUGGUUUCCUAGCCAAGGCCAUCAUGCUAAUCAGCUUAUAUGUAGUCAAGUUUACAUGAAGCAUGCCAGCAUGGUGCUACUGCUACGGAGUAGAAUCUGGGCGUUCACAUAACCUUGUGUAAAAUGGCAUCCAAGUCGUCUGGUUUGACCCACGUUGACGGGUAGAUGAGAUCAGCUUGACGCGCUUAGGCAUUAGAUUGGGGCAAAGCGUCUCUCUGCGUGAAUCCACGCCUAAAGACAGAGCUAAACAACACUCUACUCUCUCUAGGUUGGAAAAGCUUAACCCAGUGGUCAUUAGGAAACUUCCCCGCCAUAGAGUUCUCAUCCUACCCAAGAUUACUUUACAUAAGCUUUUGUCACUAUUAACUUCUAAUCAGUUCAGCCGUCUUUGAUCGCUAUGUAGUUGAACCAUCCUCUCUUUUUGUCCUUUGCUACUCUACCUAUAUAUGCAAAGUUGUGACCAAUGCGUGUUCUCUCAAACCUAAUUCAACGCCAUGCGUGCAUGAACCCAUUCAGAGAUCAAACAAUCUGCAGAAAAUUCCAUGGUAAACGGUUAAAAAGAAAUUUCCAUGUCACAGGUAUAGGGUCAAAUUAAACAUUUGAAAAACCAAAAUUUCCAUGUUGAAAUUAAUGGAUCGAUGUUACGGUAGGAUUAGGAAACUGCAUUAUUCCUGAACUUUUACGUCCGUUUUUUUCUUCCCUUCUCGUCAGACAAACGCUAGUGAUGCUGUUCCAGGCCGAAUCCAUGACACCAUCAAAGGAAACGGCUGUCAAGCCUGGAUUGACGGGGGCCAACGGGCGCUUUCACAUGUCGGAGACGCAAAAAAGCCACUUUGCCGGCCGGCGCCAACACAUUGAUUGGCUGCUUGAGACCUGUUCACAAGCUAGCUCAUCUCGUCUCAUGAGUCAUGGAGGCCAUUACAGGUUUUCCUCUCCAAGACGAUGCUGCUAAGCGUCGCCAUGACACCAUGGAAAGGAAGAAAAGGAGGGGAAUAAAAACGGAAGGUAGCUAGCUUGUGCCGCUCAGGCCAUGAAUGCAUUACACCUCGAAACUAACUAAAUUCUAUCACAUCGUCUUAACUCGAUUGUGGGCUUAAUUAGGAAACUGUCCUCUUCUGGCGUCCUCCCAUUCAUAGGCGAUAGGUCGUUAAUCACCUGUUUCAUGUAAACACUAUUGGGUAUUAUCACUAGGGAUGGCAAUUUCCCCCGCGGGGCCGGGUCCUCUGCGGGGACCCGCCCCUACGGAGGCAGGGGCGGGUGGGAUUUUUCACCCGCGGGUGCGCUGGGGUCGGGGCCCCGCAUUUGGCCGGGGAGGGGACGGGGGGAACAUUUCACUCGCCGGCCACAUCUCGGCGUCGCCACUCGCCAGCCACCAUCUCCCCUCCCCUCCUCUCCAAUCUCCCCUCCGGCGUCCGGCCUCACGUCUCCCAUCCCCUCCACGGCUCCAGCUCAGGGCGGCGGCGACACACAGGGCGCGGCGGCAGCGCAUAGGGCGGCAGGGCGCAGUGGGGAGGCGAGACAGGCAAGGGCACGCGGCGAGGUUGCGGCGGCCGGCGAGACAUGCAAGGGCGUGGCGAGGCGACGGGCGCAGCCGGCGAGGUUGCAGCGCACAGGCGUGGCGGCGGCCGGCGAUUCACGUCUCCAAUACUCCCAAAUACUCUAGGCGAUUCACAUGCGAGGUAUUGCUCCAUCUCCAAUACUCCAAGUCUCCAACUGUGCCUUGUGAAUGAAAGUGUGCCCAAAUGCAUGGGUUGGUGAGUUGGUCUCUUAGGAGAUAAUCCAUGUGAUGCACUGAGUUGAUAAUUGUCUUGAAUUUUCUA